GCAACCGUAGCAGGGAGCUGCUGCCUCUGAAUGGCCCGAGGCCUGGGCGGCUGAGCUGGCCUACCUGCUAUAAAAGGGAGCUGGCGCUCAGCCCUGCAUGUCCUUUGUCAAGUCUGCUUCGGGGAGACCUGGUGAGGCAAAACCUUGGGCACCAUGCUGACCGACCUGGAGAGAGCCAUUGACUCGCUCAUUGAAGUCUUCCACAAGUACUCUCUGCUGAAGGGAAAUGCCCAUGCCCUCUACAGGGACGACUUUCAGAAGCUGUUAGAGACGGAGGGUCGCCGCUAUUUGAGGAUAAAGGAUGCAAACGCCUGGUUCAAAGAGUUGGAUGUCAAUAGUGAUAGUGCCAUUAACUUCGAGGAGUUCCUCAUCCUGGUAGUAAAGAUGGGCGUGAUAGCUCAUGAAGAUAUCCACAAAGAGUAGCAGGCUACUGGGCCCUGGGGCUGGGCCCCUGGACGUGUAUGUGCAGAAUAAUAAAGUAAUUGGUGUCUUGAGC